AUGAAGUGUCUCGUGGUGCUACUUGCCCUCCUGGCUCUCUCCCAGGGCAGCGGGGUCACCAGGGUCCCUCUGCACAAAGGCAAGUCGCUGAGGAAGGCCUUGAAAGAGCGUGGGCUCCUGGAGGACUUUCUGAAGACACACCCAUAUGCCAUCACCAAGAAGUACUCCAACUUAGCCAAGGUGUCCAACGAGGCCUUGACCAACUACCUGGACUGUCAGUACUUUGGGAAGAUCUACAUCGGGACCCCACCCCAGGAAUUCACCGUGGUGUUUGACACCGGUUCCUCGGACCUCUGGGUGCCCUCUGUCUACUGCAAGAGUUCUGCCUGCCAAAACCAUCAUCGCUUUGACCCAGCCAAGUCCUCCACCUUCCAGAACCUGGAUGAGCCCCUGUCCAUCCAGUAUGGCACAGGCAGCAUGCAAGGCUUUCUGGGGCUCGAUACUGUCAGAGUCUCUUCCAUCAUGGACACCCAGCAGACUGUGGGCCUGAGCACCCAGGAACCUGGCAUCGUCUUUACCUACUCUGAGUUCGAUGGGAUCCUGGGGCUGGCCUACCCCUCUCUGGCUUCCCCGUACUCAGUGCCCGUGUUUGACAACAUGAUGCAGAAGCACCUGGUGGCCAAAGACCUGUUCUCUGUUUACUUGGACAGGAAUGGCCCUGGGAGCAUGCUUACGCUGGGAGCCAUCGACCCCUCCUAUUACACAGGCUCCCUGCACUGGGUACCCGUGACCGUGCAGGAGUACUGGCAGUUCACCGUGGACAGGGUUACCGUCAACGGCGUGGUGGUGGCCUGUCAUGGUGGCUGUCAGGCGAUCCUGGACACAGGGACCUCCAUGCUGGUUGGGCCUAGCAGCGACAUCCUCAACAUACAGACGGCCAUUGGAGCCACACCAGACCAGUUUGGCAUGUAUGACAUCAACUGCGGACAGCUAAGCAGCAUGCCGACGGUGGUCUUUGAGAUCAACGGCAGAAAGUACCCACUGCCCCCCUCUGCCUACACCAGCCAGGAUCUGGGCUUCUGCUCCAGUGGCUUCCAGGGUCAAGGUGAUGACCCACUGUGGAUCCUGGGAGAUGUCUUCAUCCGGGAGUAUUACAGCGUCUUUGACAGGAUCAACAACCGCUUGGGGCUGGCCAAGGCCAUCUGA